CAUCGACAGUCGCGAAUCGACCGUCGCGUCGCGAGGAUCGGUCGUUUUGUUUGUUCCGUGUUUAACGUUUCCAUCCUAUUAUUACCCCUUUUUUGGCAGUUUAAUUUUUUUUUUUUUUUAUAUUUAUCCCCGAUCACAACGACACGAUUUAAAACGUGUCCUUGUAAACGAUCGAUAAUGUAUAUAAAGCGACUUAUGGCGAACUUUUCUUAUGGAAAGUGAACGCCUUACGUCUUGUCGUUUAAUAUUAAUAAAUCGAGAGAAGACUAUAAUAAAGUUAUUUUUCGAGUUGGUGAACAUUUCUCUCUCUCUCUCUCUCUCUUUCUCGAUAUGAUAAGGAAAGGACUAUUACGUGAAUUAUUACGAAUGCCGUAUAACGAGAGAGAGGAAUAAAUAAAAAGCAAUUCUACGUUAGAGUGUUAUGUUGUUAUAGUUCGACGAAUAAGAAAGACGCGAACGUGCAAGAGGAAAAAAAAAAAAAAGAAUUGAUCGACGACGACGACAAUAACAACAACAAAUCCUCGGUAUAUAUCCUUGAUAAAAAUCGUGGAUCGAUAUAGAGGAUAUCAAAAGGUGACUUUAUCGUCGUAACGAAAGAUUAGUUCCGAGGAUGCCAAGUGCGACGUACCGUCGCGAAUACCGGCGAAACAAAUCGAUCGGAUUAUGAACCGUCCAAAAAUAUUUUCGGACUCGAUAGAUAACGAUGGAAAUCCCGUUGAUCGAUCGAUCGAAACGGUCGAUCGUUUUGCGUUGUAGGAGUGUAAUAAGUUCUCCUACGUGUUGUUAAAAGAAGAUAAAGAAGAAAGGAAAGGAAAAAGGAAGGAAAGAAGAUAGAGAAGACGAAGGACGAAAAGGCUUGCUCGACGUCCAUCGCUAGUUCCUUGACCUUUUCGUUCUUUCUUCGUAUUACUUUGGGGUUAGAGGCAAGGAGAUUAAAAAAAAAAAAAAGGGAGAAAGAGAUAAAAGAGUGUUCGCGAAAGUUUCUUCCUUUUAAUUCUUUUUUUUUUUCUUUUUUUUUUUUUUUUCUGUUUCUUCUUCUUCAUCUUCCUUUUCCUUCUUUCUUUCUUUCUUUUACUUUUUCUUGUCGGCUUCGAGCUCGUGUACCUUGUGCUUUUUUUUUUCUCCUCCCCCGCCCGCCCAUCCCCCAGCCGUCGUUAUAGAAUUUUGUGGUGCGACCUGUGAGAUUGUUGUUUAUCAUUAUCAUUGACAUUAUUAUUACUAUUAUUAUUAUUAUUAUUAUUAUUAUUAUUAUUAUUACUAUUAUUAGUUUCUUUUUGCUUUUUUCGUCUUUUCUUUUUUUUUUUCUUUUUUUCUUUCUUUCUUUCUUUUUUCUACACCUCGUUACUCUCUCGACGAUCAUGUGCGUAUGAUAUUUAAUCGUCGAGCUUACGCCUGGGAAUUAUUUUUUGAAAACGUCGUGAACGUCGUCGUCGCCAAUAAAGAAGACCCUAUUGGAUACCAUCGAAGAUGCCGUGCGUCGGGACGACGACGUCGUUUCUCAUCCUCACGAUAUUCGCUUUAACGGCGAGAGGGCAACUACGAUCGCCACGGAUAACGGAACAUCCAUCGGACAUAAUCGUGGCAAAGCACGAGCCGGUGACGUUGAACUGCAAGGCCGAGGGUAAACCGGAUCCCGUGAUAGAAUGGUAUAAGGAUGGUGAGCUCGUGCAGACGUCACCAGGGGACGCCAAGUCCCACCGGGUGAUUCUUCCCACGGGAUCCCUCUUCUUUCUUCGAGUUAUGAACGGGAAGAAGGAACAGGACGGUGGUGUUUAUUGGUGCGUUGCAAGGAAUCAGGCUGGCUCGGUACCUAGCAGAAAUGCCACCCUCACUGUUGCUGUACUACGAGACGAGUUUCGGACGGAACCACAGAAUACAAGGGUGGCUGCUGGAGAAACCGCCAUGCUAGAAUGCGGACCACCCAGAGGUCAUCCGGAACCAACCCUCCAUUGGAGGCGGAAUGGUCACAUUAUAGACUUGGAAAGCAACAAACGAAUUACUCUUGUCGACGGUGGAAACUUGUUGAUAUCUGACGUAAGGCAAACGGAUCAAGGAAAGUAUCAGUGCAUUGCCGAAAAUAUGGUCGGAGUUAAGGAAUCAUCAAUUGCGUCGCUCACUGUAUAUGUGAAACCAUACUUCAGUGCCAUACCAAGCAAUCAAACUAUUCUGACGGAUCAAACCGCAGAAUUUGCUUGUCGAGUGGGUGGUGAUCCACAACCAGAUAUCUUAUGGCGUCGUAACGAUGGAAAGAUGCCGAUUGGCCGAGCUCACAUUUUGGAUGACAAAAGUUUGCGCAUCGAAAGGGUAAUACCCGAGGAUCAAGGAACGUAUAUAUGCGACGCGGAGAACGAAGUUGGCGCUAUUUCGGCGAAUGCGGUACUCACCGUUCAUUCGAAGCCGGUGUUCGUCAAUUUUCCGAAAGACGAAACGGUUAGUACCGGAUCGGAUGUAUCUUUUUCAUGUUCCGCUCGUGGUUCUCCGAAGCCAUCGAUAUUUUGGACCCGCGAGGGCUCUCAGGAGUUGAUGUUUCCGGGAAACACUUAUCAGGGACGAUAUACGGUCACUCAGGACGAAAGUUUGCGCAUAAAAGGUGUGAUAAGGAAAGACGAAGGCCAUUACGUCUGUAGCGCCAUAAGCCAAGCUGGUGCAAGUACGGCGACUGUCUUCCUUCAGGUGAUGUCUGCCGAAGACAUACCACCUCCGAUAAUCGAGUUGGGCCCAGCAAAUCAGACACUUCCUGUCAAAAGCGUUGCUACGUUACCUUGUCGUGCUGUUGGUACUCCAACUCCAAAGGUACAUUGGCACAAGGACGGUGUUCUUAUCCAACUAGGAAAUCGUAUAACAAUGGCCAACAAUGGAACUUUGUUCAUCGACGACCUUCAAAUGAGUGACUCCGGUUUAUAUACGUGUAUUGCAAGCUCAGAAUCCGGUAACACAUCUUGGUCUGCCACAUUGACGGUCAGCACGACGACGACCUUUCACAGAACUCCGGAAAUAUCGGCAUUGCCCCAGAGCCCGAGUAAACCUAGAAUUAUAAACGCUACCAGUAACUCGGUUACUCUAACAUGGAGUCCUGGGAAUGAGGGUCAAAGCAAAAUCAUUGGUUAUAACAUCGAAUAUUUCAGUAGCAAUUUGAAUACCGGUUGGGUUGUCGCAGCUACCGGUGUCAUCGACGACACUUACACCGUAACGGAUUUAAAGCCUGACACCAACUAUGUGUUCCUCGUGCGUGCCGAGAAUAGUCACGGCUUGUCGCUUCCUGGACCGUUGUCCGAUGUCGCUCACACGAGUAGCCUUGAUCAACGGACGGUACCACAGAUAGAAUUGAUUCGCGCGAGGGAUCGGCUUAACAGCGAAAUACUGCACUUGAAGGAAGUCCAACCGUUGAGCAGUACCAGCGUUAAAAUUAUGUGGGACAUACUUGGUGCAGCUGAUUUAGUCGAGGGUCUUUAUAUACGUUACCGUGAACUCACCGAGAAGCCAGAAUAUCGUAUGGUAACUGUAUUCAAUGCCGGUGCAACUAGUUACGUUCUAACCAAUUUGGAGAAGUACAAACGAUAUGAGUUCUUCCUUGUGCCAUUUUACAAAACCAUAGAAGGGAGACCUAGCAAUGUAAAAUUGGCUAUAACUUUGGAGGAUGUGCCAUCUAGUGCACCGGAAAAUGUUCACGUUGGUAUGAUCAAUAUAACUUCGGCGUUUGUAAGAUGGUCACCACCACCGAAGAAUGCACAGAAUGGACAAUUGAUUGGAUAUAAAAUUCAAAUAAAGAGCAAUAGCAGCAAUAAGAUCCUAGGUCAAAUGUCACUAAACGCUUCUACCACAUCAGUCGUGAUCAACAGUCUCUCGACGGGUGGACUUUACACGGCACGCGUAGCUGGCUUAACACGUAUUGGAUUAGGUCCUUUCUCCAAUCCUACUCUCCUAAACAUGGAUCCAGGUCAAUUGACGCAACUUCCACCUCGAACAGAUCCGAGUCACGGUAGCGUCUCCAUCGUUCGUGAAACUUGGUUCCUGAUACUCGUAAUUACGAUGGUCUUCACAGUCGUGGCUGUUCUCUUGGGUGCUCUUUAUGUGAGACGCAGACAGGCGAUGAGCAAACAAUUAGGUCAUUUAAACGUUCCGGUGAGUACGGCAAAUGACAUAUGUCAGCUGAAUAAGGACACUUUGUGGUUGGAACGUGGUUGGAGACCGUCGAACACUCUUCAGGGUCCCACCGAUAAGGAGUGCGAAACCAAGUUGUUAAAUAAUCAGCAGAUGCUUGCCCCGGGAAUCGUCAGCAUGGCUGGUUCGGAGUACGCAGAGGUCAACUUAACCACGUUUUACAAUUCGAGAAAACAGUUGCAAGCACCACCUGAACCGUAUGCUACUACCACGUUAUGCGUUGGCAGUCGAAGUCCAGACUCGAUGGAAACAAGUGGACAGAAAUCAAAUUCUAGCGAUUCCUGCAUGAAACCUGACUAUUCCAGUUUGGAUUCGAAUCAAGAACACAAUAAAUCAACGAUGUCACCCAGCAGCGACAACACUAGCAGCGUGUAUACCGACGAGAACGCGGAUAUACAAAGAAGACCACAGUAUAAGAUACCCAUAUCGAACAAUCCCCAAAGUGCUGUAAGUACAAGCGGCACGGCAUUGCCCAACUGGUGCGACAUGAUGCCACCUCCGCCGGAACAUCCACCACCUUCGGGAACGUUGCUGUCCGGAAGAAUGCAGCAACAACAGCAACAACAGCAACAACAACAAUCGCAACAACAACAACAACAACAACAACAUCAUCAGCAACAAGUUUCAUUCAGUCCUCAUUUAGGCAAGAGGAACAUUCAGAAUGACUUGGACGGUUCUGGAUCGUGCAAUUCGCAGAGUCCACCGACACCACCUAUCAGAGCAGGCAACAGUUUUAGUUCCUCGCCAACACCUUGGACUGGACAACCUUCGCACGACUUGGCUGCUUACGCGAACAUGCAACAGAGUGGAAGAUACACCACCCUUCCACCUCAAACCAAUCCACCGCCGGUACCCUGUUUCCCUCAAGGCUUCAAUCAUUACGAUUACAAAACUCAAGAGAACGAGUACGAAAGUGGCUCUGUGAUUUAUGGCCAUCACAAUGGUCUACCUGACAACUAUAGAAAUCACGACAACGCUUUCAACCGUAUAAAUCAUGCGAAUCCUCAUAUAGAACAUUCGGUCCCCAUGACCGAUGAUAUUUACAGACGCAAUGAUGCGAUAUUCCGUGGUGAUGAUCUUUAUCAGCAGGAAAACGACGAAUGGGAUAGAAAAUCCUGUGACUCCAAUACCCACUCGGACAUGUGUUGUUCCUGUUCCGAGUCUAGCUGUCUUUAUGCCGAUACGAUCGAGUACAACAAUCAAUUCGCGCAAUCCGGAUGUGUUCACAGUAGAAGCGAUUCGAGAAGUAGGGACAACAAGAGCCCACGUAGGAGAAACAACAGAGCUUCAUCUCCUGCUUACAGUAGCGACAGUAACUACUCUUGUAUUCCACAAAGGCAAUGUGGAAGCAUCGGUUCGCAGGAUAGAUCGAGGCAUAAUCGUUGCAAAGACAAAGUGCCUAGCUUCUCCAGGACAGGUAGUUAUCCACAGCACAGUUCUUCAGCAUCCAAUACGAUGAGUAGCUCAGGAAGUCAGAGAUACAAUAAACUCAACAGUCUUCUUGCAAGUGCAAACAAUCCAACGGGAGUCUCGGAAUCUAGUCGCUCAUGCGAUCAUCGCGACAGCUAAGUACGGAACGAGAGGAAGAAAGAAAUAUUAUAAAAGUUAACCUUGACCAACGGACCGGUUAUGGUCGAAGGGAUAUUUUGUCUGGCACGUAUCAAAAGUGUGAAGACUCAUGAACACACGAACGAACAAACGUAUGAACCGAACAAAGGAAGAAACGGAAAAUGGUUUCGUUUAAAAAAGGGGAAAGAAAAAAAAAAAGGAAAGGAAAGAGAAACAUAAAUAAAUAAAUAAAUAAAUAAAAAGAUACAGGAAACGAUCUUACCGACGGAGCGUUUCAAAAGAACAAAAUGAAGAAGAAGAAGAAGAAAAAAGAAAUAAAACAAAAGGAAAUCGAACUUGUGAUGUACAUUAUCGUGUUGGUUAUCAGUAAUAGAAGGAGAAAGGAGUAUGGGAGGGCUUUCAAAUCUAAAUUACUUGUACAAAGUCCAAGAAUUUAUGGCCUUUCUCUUUGAAGCGAGAAAGAAAAAGGCCAACGACAACAAGACGGGGAUCGAUGACGAUAAUGCAUUUAUUAAGUAUCCUAAUUCGUUUGUCGUGUAUUUUAAGGCAUUUCAUUAGAAAGAUCUUCCCAUCCAAUCGAUGAAAGGGGGAGAUAAGCGAUAGAAGACUGUGUGUGUGUGUAAAAGAAAGAAGAAGAAGAAGAAGAUGAAGAGAAAGAUGAAGAGGAAGAAGAGGAAAAAAAGGAAGAGAAGAAAAAGAAAAGACAAUGGUGGAGCGAGGCCAACUUCCGAGCAAUAUAUAAAUAGUAAAGUUUUUCUCGAUACGGCUGCUAUUUGCAGACUGGGAACGUGAGAGUAAUCGACAAUCGGUCCGCUCGAGUUCGUCGAUAGGUAGUAUAUUUGGUAAACGAAUGGUGAACGGCUCAUUUCAGUUUUCGCUAGUUCUCAGCUCCGUUGAGUAUCUUCGAAAAUACCAAGAGAAAACUUUUCGAAAGAGUUUUCGACAUCGAAUCACGCGCCGAUCUUUAUCAAACAGAAUCGCCAUACUUUUAACUAUCCUCUUAAAUUCAAAGGUAAAAAAGCAUUCAAAAGAAACACCAUUCCGAGUUAAAUACUAUAAUAGAAAAUCUAAUGAGCCUCUUGGUUUUCCAUCUAUCGAAUUAUUUUUUUUAAGAUUAUUCAAAAUGGCCGAACUCGAGCUGGCGCGAAAUUCAAAUACUUGAUGUUACGUUGUCCGGUCGGAUUAAAAUGGUAGUAAGAUUAUUAUCAUUAUUAUUAUUAUUAUUAUUAUUAUUAUUAUUAUUAUUAUUAUUAUUAUCAUCAUCAUUAUCAUUAUCUCAUUAUUAUUAUUAUUAUUAUUAUUAUUUUUAUUAUUACCAUUAUUAUUAUUACUAUUAUUAUAAAAAAAAUUUACAUACGAGAAAAUGUUCCAAGCGCGUCUUACGUUCUAACACGAUGUUCUCGCACGAAGAGAGAUUAUUUGAUAGAUCGAUAAAGUAAGACGUGGCACUUAUUUUCGAGAGCUUGUACAUUCUUGCCACGACAAAUAACGAAUACAUAUUAUUUUGGAUAUGAUGUUCCUAAAGUCAUAAGGAGAUUUAAAAAAAAAAAAAGAAAAAAAAGAAAGAAAGAAAAGAAGAAGAAGAAGAAGAAGAAGAAGAGGAAUACGAAGAAGACGAUAAAGAAAUUGAAAAAUCUUAAUCUUAUUAUGGAUGGCGGAAUAUUUUCGCUGCGGUGUAUUAAUUAAUGAAUUUUAAUUGAUAAUUCUUCCAAAAGAGCGAAACGAUACGCGCUCGCGCGCACGCGCACACGCACACUGCAUACUUAUACG